UUCAUUUCAACACACUGGGUGUGGUGUGUACUUAAACUGCAAUAAAUAUCGCAAUAAUUUCCUCGUUGAAACACAUUGAGCCGAACCAUGAGUGCCGCCGAGUGGAAGAAGAGAUGUGAGGAUGAGUGGGGUCUGCAGGGCUUGCCAGCACAAGAACGCCUGGACUGGAAGUCUGUAUACGAAGCCAAACCAUUUGGGAGAAAUCUGCUGAAGAACCCUUCUCCUCACGGGUUGAGUAAAGAUAUCGCUCCACCUGAACCUGAGCUGCCAGAAGUUCCUGUGCGUGGCCCUCCCAUUUUUCAACCCGAAGGUGACUUCAGUGGCUGGACCACCAACACAGAAGUUCUCCCUUAUGAUACCAGUGGUAUUCCGGAAGGGGUUGUUAUCUGUGCUUUGCCUAAGUACAGUUGGUUUACCUUGGAGCAGACUGUGGAUCUGAAGGCAGAGGGGCUAUGGGAAGAGCUGCUGGAUGAUUUCCAACCAGAAAUAGCGAUUCAAGACUGGUAUGAGGAGAGUCAACUGCAUCGGUCAAUCUACCAACUCCAUGUGAAGUUAUUAGGCGCAGACAAAAGCACGGUGAUCUCAGAACACUCCGUCAACCCCACUGAGGAACUGAGCACCUAUUCCCACACAUGGAAGGAGGUGUCACACGUGUUCUCUGGCUACGGACCCGGAGUGAGGUACAUUCACUUCUUGCACAGGCUGAAGAACCAAUACUUGAUGUCUUUCUACUCCACAAUGUUUACUGGCAGCUCAGUCAUUGUCAAACCAAUCAAAACCAGCUCAUAGACACACAUUUUCCUCAAAGGUUGCUCGAAUGUACUUACAACCUCAGAUUGUGAAAUGUGAAUUCUUAAUUUUCAACGCUGAUGAAUAGAUAUGAUUCUCUGGGACCAGAGACUGGCCAAUUUGGUAGGCUUCUCAGAAUUGAAAUAAAAGUUUGUAUAAAAUUAA